AUGACGAGCAACGGAUUUAUAGCCGUCCACGUAGGAGCGGGCCACCACUCGGAUUCCUUGAAAAAAAAGUACCAGAAAUUGUGCCGUGACGCUUGCAAAACUGGAAUAGAGAACCUGAAACUUGGUGGACGGUCCCUGGACGCCGUCGUCGAGGCGACGACUGUCCUGGAGGACUCCUCGCUAACAAACGCCGGGUUUGGGUCAAACUUAACCCUGAACGGGGACGUGGAGUGCGACGCGAGUGUGAUGGACGGGAACAAGCUCUCCUUUGGAGCUGUGGGAGCGGUCAGCGGGAUCAAGAACCCGGUUUCCCUGGCGAAGCGGCUCUGCGAGCACCAGAGCAGCAAAAUUAGUUAUGGAAGAGUUCCUCCUAGUGUCCUUGUUGGUCCUGGGGCUCAAGUUUCAGCAUCAAAAAUUUCCAAGCGUCGAAUGGACACCGUAGGAGCAGUAUGUGUCGACGCUUACGGAAACGUCGCAGCAGCUUGUUCCAGCGGAGGGAUAAUCCUGAAGUACCCUGGACGGGUAGGCCAGGCGGGAAUUUGGGGCUGCGGAGUCUGGGCCCAUAACGGAGCCUGUUCGGUGGCCUCGAGCACCAGCGGGUGUGGAGAGCACUUAAUAAGGACGACUCUAGCCAGAACGAUCGCGGAAGCCGUGACCGGGUUGACGGACCACGUCCCCAGGUUACACGAGACCAUGAAAAGCGAGUUCCUGGAGUCCGAAUUUCUCGACGGACUGGACUCUAAGCUAGGGGGCGGACUAGCUCUCAGGUACUCCGCUGGAGAGGCUACUGGUGACCUUUUCUGGACACACUCUACCAACUCGAUGAUUCUUGGGUACAUGGGCUCUGGUGAUUCUGUUGCUAAGAGCUACGUCAGCAACCUGGACGAUGAGCUUGUUGGUAAGAAGGUUGUUGUCGAGGGCAUCUGCUUCAGGUUGCCUUUAUUGAAUGAAGAGAAGGAGGGCGAUAAUAAGGGCAGGCUGCUCUUGGUCAAAUUGGGCAGCAAUUUUAGCAGUGGAGAGGCUGUUGAUGAAUCCAAGGAGAAACUGUCCAGGUAG